CUCCCAACAUGACGUAGAUGUACUUCCUCUUCGCAUCUUCUAUCGACUGUUGUUCUUAAAAUGGCGCCGUUGGACCUGGAUAAGUAUGUUGAAAUUGCGAGACAGUGCAAGUAUCUUCCUGAGAACGACUUAAAGAGAUUGUGUGACUAUGUAUGUGAUCUUCUGCUUGAGGAAUCAAAUGUACAGCCAGUAUCCACUCCAGUCACUGUAUGUGGGGACAUCCAUGGACAGUUCUAUGACUUAUGCGAACUCUUCAGAACUGGAGGACAAGUACCAGACACAAACUACAUUUUCAUGGGUGACUUUGUUGACCGAGGAUACUACAGUUUAGAAACAUUCACAUAUUUGCUAGCACUUAAAGCAAAGUGGCCUGACCGCAUCACACUGUUGCGUGGCAAUCACGAGAGCAGGCAGAUCACACAAGUGUAUGGCUUUUAUGAUGAGUGCCAGACUAAGUAUGGAAAUGCAAAUGCCUGGCGAUACUGCACUAAAGUAUUUGACAUGCUGACUGUUGCUGCUUUGAUAGAUGAGCAAAUCCUUUGUGUACAUGGUGGCCUUUCACCUGACAUAAAAACUCUAGACCAGAUCCGCACUAUUGAACGCAAUCAAGAAAUCCCUCACAAAGGAGCAUUUUGUGAUCUUGUCUGGUCUGAUCCAGAAGAUGUGGACACCUGGGCUAUCAGCCCCAGGGGUGCUGGCUGGCUCUUUGGUGCCAAGGUUACCAAUGAGUUUGUUCACAUCAACAACUUGAAGCUGAUUUGCCGUGCACAUCAGCUGGUUCAUGAGGGCUACAAAUUCAUGUUUGACGAGAAGCUAGUAACUGUUUGGUCGGCCCCGAACUACUGCUACCGCUGCGGGAACAUUGCCUCAAUCAUGGUCUUCAAAGAUGUGAACACACGGGAGCCCAAGUUAUUCCGGGCUGUUCCUGACUCUGAAAGAGUCAUACCACCAAGAACGACAACACCCUACUUCCUCUGAGGUCUUCAUUGCCCCUUGAGUCCAACCCUCUCCUUUUCAUUGUUCUGUCCAGCUCUUUUUAUUUUCUUUAAUUUCUCUGUAUGGACCAAAGUUUUUUUUUGGUUGUGUAAAGUAUGAAGUAAUCUCCACAAUAACAACUGUACCGGAUGGUCAGGAUUAUGAACCCUGCUGACUAUGUUUAAGUUUUUCAUUGUUUGGUCAGUAUGAACUUGUUAAUGUGACCGUAAUUAAGUGGACAACCUCUUUAUAUUUUUAAAGCCACUCUUCUUUCAGGGCUUUAAAUGUAC